UUCGCCUUUCGUUAAAAAGAAAAAAAUGUCCCCCGCGGGGCUCGCCUCGUACAGUUCCUGCCUCGUCAUCGCCCCGUGCCUCGUCCAGCUUUCAAAAAAUCUCCCUCGCGAGGACCGCCCCGUGAGGGAUCGCGGGGCCUCGCGAGGAUCCUCGUCCAUCGCCCACCUCUGGCGCACAUGUCUGGUCGUAGGAACCAUUUUCAAAAUAGACAUUUAUAUAUCAUUCGAUAGCCCUUUGAAAGGGCUACAUUUUCCACUAUUUGUAUUUGAAUUAGGAGCAACUUCGAUUUUUCACCUAAUUUCCGCCUGAUGCCCACUGUGCUUCAUUCGUUCGGUGUUCCCUAGAGAGCUGUCUAAAAUACGUUAUGACUUUUUCUUCGAUUUGAUGUGUGUAAGUUUAGUAAUCUAAUGUAAGUCUAAAAAGUUUUCUUUCAAGGGUUCCCAUGGGCAAACUUUUUUUUGAAAUUUUAUGGGAGCUAGGUCGGGCAUGGGAUGGGGUGAAAAAUUCGACCCAAUACACCGAGAGUCCUGAUGGAUACCAAACUUACAAACACUAGAUAGGAAUGAUUUUGAUCAGCAUUAAUAUGACGAGAGUUGAACAUAAAAAGAAUUAAAUAAAAAAUAUUUUGGGUCAAACAUCAGAUGAUAUUGAACAAGAAUUAAAUAAAUUAGAACAAUUCAUAAAGAGAAAAUUUAUGAUCAAAAAAGCUUGAUGAUAGUUUAAAAUUACUAGAUGAUGCUGUUGAAGAUUGGUCGGAUGAUAUUGAUAAUAUUUAUGAAGAAAUAUAUGAAAAUGUACGAACACAAAUUGUAUAUAAAAGACAAAUAAAUACCGACUAUUUUAAUGUACGUAUGAUAUUCACUCAUAAAUUAAUACAAAAUAAAUUUAAAUGAUCAAAAAUCAUAAUUUAUUCACUGAUAUUUAUGAGGUAACGACAAAUCAUCGAACGUAUUUUCAUCGACGACAUUUCGUCGAAAGAUUUUUCAUCGCACGGACUUUUCAUCGCAUGGACUUUUCGUCGAGCGACUUUUCAUCGAAAGGUUUUUCAUCACAUGAACUUUUCAUCGAACGACUUUUCAUCGAAUGACAUUUCGUCGCAUGAAUUUUCCUAGAUGAACGAUAACCAUAAAGAACGAUAACCAUAAAGUAAAUAGGCGCACAAGAAUAACUGAAAAAGUACUAUGGCGUAUUAGUACUAAGGCGUCUCAAAAUUCGGCUUAUAUCUCUAUGCACACAUAUCAUACUGUUUGUUAUGCUUAAAAGCAAAACAUUCUAUCGCUGUCAUUUUUUUUAGUCUAUUGCUUUCAUUUUUUAAUUAUAAUAUUAAUAAUAAUAGUAAUAAUCGUAAUAAUAAUAAUAAUUUCAUUAUAAGUAUGGCUAGUUUUUUAUCAACUACUAAAGGCAAACGUUUACUGCGUUUUAAUGGUUGUGAAUAUGUAACUGAAAAAAAGUCCGGAGAAAAAACAUAUUGAAAAUGUAAAGAUUAUUGGUCAAAAAAAUGUAACGUUCGCAUUCCUACAUCGUAAUGAAGUAUUACCAGUUUGUUUUGUUCUAUUACCAAAUAAGACACAAAUUACUUAUCAACAAAUGAUAAAUCAGAUUUCAAUCAUAUGUCCUUUGUGGUUGCCGCAAACAGUUAUGAUGGAUUUUGUAAAAAGCACCAAUUAAUGUAUUAGGUGACGCAUUUCCAAAUAUUCAAAUGACCGGCUGUUUUUUUCAUUUUCGUCAAACUAUUCAUCGCGAAAUCCAAGAAUUAGGAAUGCAAAACGAUUAUAAUACAAAUGCUAGAUUUGCUCGUCAAGCACGUAUGAUUGUUUGUUUAGCUUUGAUACCAGUUGAUGAUGUUGUAGAUGCAUUUGGAGAACUAUCUGAUGAAUUACCAUUAGCAUUUAAACCAUUAUAAUUAUAAUUUCAACAAACAUAUAUUGGUCGUACACGUCCUUGUAGAGCUAAACCUCAAUAUGAUUUAGCAUUUUGGAAUAUAAAUGUUCGUAUAACAGAUGGUUUGGUACGAACAACAAACAGGGCUGAAUCAUGGCAUGCUCGUUUAAAAUCAAUAUUUAAUUGUGAUCAUCCAUCUAUGUGGAAAUUCAUUCAACAUUUACAACACGAAGAAAAUUACAUUUAUACUCGUAUUGUAAGGUUAGAUGCGGGUGAUGCUCCUGAAGCAGGAAAAAAGUAUUUGGAUCAUACAAAACGAUUACUUCAUUUAAUAAAUAAUCCUCAUUCAAAUAUUAUGGAUCAACUAGAAAAUCUAGCUCAUAAUAUAAAAUUAUAG